AUGCACCAGCCGGAUCCAUCUGCAGACCUAGCUGCCAGGAAGAUGGCGCACCCGGCAGAUCUCCCCAGAAGGGGCAGUGGGACCAGUGCUCACCCCUCUGCACUCAGUGGGCACCUCUUGUCUUCUGAGGACUACCAGCCUCCCGUGCUGGUGCCACCUGCAUCCUCCCCUGGACCUCAGCAGCAGCAGCAUCCUCCCCAAACCUUGAACUUGAUGGCACAACCCCUUGUACAGUCUGGGGCACAGAUUAAAAAGAAAAGUGGCUUUCAGAUUACCAGUGUCACCCCUGCUCAAAUUUCUGCCAGCAUGAGCUCCAAUAACAGCAUCGCCGAGGACACUGAGAGCUACGACGACUUGGACGAGUCCCACACCGAAGAUCUGUCUUCCUCGGAGAUCCUGGAUGUGUCCUUGUCUAGAGCUACAGAUCUCGGUGGUCCAGAGAGAAGCUCCUCAGAAGAGACCUUGAAUAACUUUCAAGAAGCCGAGACGCCUGGCGCGGUGUCUCCCAAUCAGCCGCACCUUCAUCAACAUUUGCCCACUAAUGUCCAGCAGAAUAUCUUGAUCAAUGGGAAUGUACACCAUCCCCACCAUCUUCAUCAUCAUCAUCCUCAUCAUCAUGGACUUCCCGUGCCUGCCCAUCAUGGCUUACCUAGUGCCUCUACCGCUUCUCAGAAUCCACCAUCUGUGAAAUUGGCUCCUCAAGGAACUACAGAGACUACAGUCCCAGCACCUGCUUCUUCUGCCCCCUCUGUCGCUGUUCCAGCUGUGGGGACAAUCCCACCCAUCGUGCGUAAAGCAAGCGGGCCUGUUAGCGCAGGUGUCAAUCCUGUUCCAGGGAGUGGGACAGCGCACAAUGUUAAUAUUCAAAAUGUAAGCAUGGCGGCUCCUUUGCCCACUAGCGUAAAUGUUACCUCCACCAGUAUGACUAGUACUAGUAAUGUAAGUGCUGUCUCUGGGAACAUUAAUCCACAUUUAGGUUCUUCUGGCAAUGGAAAUCUUGCUGCAUCUAGUAUACCUAACAAUGUUGCUAGUGCCCCUAUAGGACCAGCAGUUGUGCCAGCUGCAGGACAGCACCAGGCGGCACCUUCGGGUGCAGCAACAUCUAGGUUUAGAGUAGUAAAAUUAGACUCCAGUUCAGAACCGUUCAGGAAGGGCAGAUGGACUUGUAUGGAGUUCUAUGACAAAGAGAAUGCAGCAGCUGCUUCAGAGGGAGCUGCAGUCAACAAAGCGGUGGAAAGCGUUAAACAAAACCCACUUGAGAUGACGUCUGAGCGAGAGAGCACCAGUGGGAGCUCAGUAAGUAGCAAUAUCAGCACUCUGAGCCACUACACAGAAAGUGUUGGAAGUGGGGAAAUAGGGGCACCUGCAAUGCAAGGAUUUCAAGCCCUGGCACCUCAGCAGAUGGACUUCAGCAACCCACUCGCCCAGAAUGUCCCACCUUCAAAUAUACCGCAGAGUGUUUCCCAGCCUCAGCUUGCACAGUUACAAAUACAUUCACAAGAUGCCACUUUUUCGCCUCAGAAACAAGUAGGGCAGGCCGCUCCGGCUACUAUAAGUGCUCCUGUCGCUGUACUUGGGGUCCCUUCUUCUUUAGCCCAUCAGCAGCCAGCAGUUUCUACCAUGAUCCCCCAACAGUUGCCAUAUCCUCAACCGGCACAGCCCUUACAAAAUCUGCCUACUGUUCAACAACCACCAACGAUACAGUAUGCACACCCACAGUCCGCUCCGAUGACUACUGGGCAUGUAAUGCCAACAAAUCAAAGUUCUGUUCCAGGGAAUUUACCGGAAUACAUACAACAUCCGCAGAUCCUUCAGACGGGAGUUACACCCGUGCAGUCUGGGUCAUCAGGAGUGGGCAAUACCGCCACAUCGCUACCUGUUGUCCAAGCACAAGUCUUGCAGGCGCAGAUUCAGUCGGCAUUAACACAAGCUCCUCCAACUUGUGUAGCUCCAACCCAGCCUGUGGUACAUGCUCAGACACCCAUGCCAGCUACCAGCGGUCAAGUUGUAGGUGUUGGCCAACAAGUAAAUCUGCCAACUCCAGUACACCAGGUAUCUGCCAGUCAGACUGCACCAUCUGUUAUCCAGCAAAAUGUUCCAGCUCCUACUCAGCCAGUGCCACCACCCACCCAAGGGAUGCAAGUUGGUGCUUCUGUUCAUCCACCUUCUGUCAUGAUUGCACCCCAGAAUCCUUUGCUCCCCUCGAAACCUCCGACACAAGUUAUUGAAUCCGCUGCUGUACAGGGAAUGACCACUCAGCAAGUACCCGCAGUCAGUCCUUUACCAACAGCUGCCAAUGUCCCAGCAGUUCAACAGCUGGGCACAAGUAUACCUACUGGAAUAUCGCCAGCACUUACUACCCUUGGCCCACCACCUGGUGCUCAGCUUUCAGCACCACAAAAUGGGAGUUUAGUCCUAAGUGGAAAUCAGGCUCCAGUGAUUGCAAGUUUGCCAGUUGCACAAAAUGUGCCCCUUCAGAUGACUGGUAGUGUCGGUCAGUUCUUGGCACCAUCUUUCAUUCAAUCCGUGGCAAGCCAGAUUGAAGACGCUAGACGUCUGAUGGAGCACUCAAUGGCGGGUCUACCACAUGGUGGUGAAGGCUCCUCUUUGGAUCAUAGUGGAGGCUUUCAGAGUGCAGGAUCUUUCCUUCCCUUGAAGUCCUUACCCCUGACGGCACCUCUGGUGGAUGGAGAAGAUGAAAGCGCCUCCGGGGCCAGCGUGGUAGCUAUCGACAACAAAAUCGAGCAAGCCAUGGACUUGGUGAAGAGCCACCUGAUGUACGCCGUUAGGGAAGAAGUCGAAGUCCUCAAAGAGCAAAUCAAGGAGCUGAUUGAGAAGAACUCCCAGCUGGAACAGGAGAACAGCCUGCUAAAGACACUGGCGAGCCCCGAGCAGCUCGCCCAGUUCCAGGCUCAGCUUCAGAGCGGCUCUCCGCCCUCCUCCUCCUCAUCUUCAUCCUCACAGCCUCCAGCAAGCACCUCCACACCGGCACAAUCUGCUUCACAGAGCUCGGGCCCCUCUGCGUAGCAGCUUUAGCUCUCCAAAUGGGGCUCGAUUCCAGUUGACAUAUCUAGUACAUUGAUACCAUCCUGACAAGUGCGGAAGAGUCCCGUUACCAUCAGGUCUUAUUAUUCAGAAGAGCCCGCGUAUAAUACCAUCUGAUGGUGACAUGGCGUGGAGUGCUUUAAAAGCUUGGAGUUUGACAUUUAUCGAGGAGGUGGCCAGAAUCACAGCCUUCUUUUAUAGCUAUGAAGUGUCCUAAUAAUUUCAGUGACUGCAGAAUUCACAAGAUUCUUCACCUUUUGGAUGUGCCUCUGAUCUCCACUUAUUUAUAAGGCAGAACCCGUGCCUCCUGCUCUGCUACAGCUUUCCGCUUGCAUCCAGUUUUCAGUAUUAAAGAGCUCUCACUCCACCUCCUCUGAAGCGCGUUGCAUUGGGAAUGGUCUGUGGACUACAAAUGUAAAUGCACGGACACUGCAUUGUAAGCGAGCUGUGAUACCUACAGAUAGGGUUUUCAUGUUUUUUUUCUUUUUAAUUAUUUUAUUGUAUUCUGUACAAUGCAAAUCUGUUUGGGCGUAAGGGUGGGAAAGCUGGACUUGGAAGUAACGGGAGGUUUCCGUUCUCCUGCAGCGAGAAGGACAAUUUUAUGCCACAGACACAUUCCUAGCGGGUAAAGGUAUACUGAAGUGUUCUCCUGGGUUAUCUCCCUUUGGUCAGCUGAGCCCUUAAAUUGCAAUAUCUCUUAUUGAUAGGAUUGGAUGCACUGAUCCGUUAUGAGAAGAUGCUGUUGGAAAUUAGGAAUAUUAUUAUUUCAAUGAAGUUUGCCUACUGUAUAUUUGUGUAUGUAGUGUAAGUACUCUGUAAAAUAGGAAAAAAAAAAAAAACCUUGUAAGUACUACUUAGGUUGUACAGAUUAGAAAUUUAGUGGUUUCAUUGGCUGAACUGAAAUUUUUUUUUAUUUUUUUUGUUGUUUUUUUUUUUUAUAUAAAGCAGCUACCCUUUACGUGGCUAGAAGAACUGGACAUGCAGGUUCCCCUGGCGCGAAAGGCGUUAGCUAAGAGCACACCCGCACAACUGUUCAGGGUAGAGAUAGGCGACCUAUGGUUCUAUCGAUGUACAAGUCUCACAGCGUACACUGUCCAAUACCGGUUGGCAGGAGCGCGCUGGGAUUUGUGGUUCAGCAAAAGCCAAAGUCAUAGGUUGGUACAGUCUGGGUAAGGACAUGGCAGAUUCAUGCCGCGUUUUGCGCAUUCUUUUCUUGAACUUUGCCCUGUCUGGUGAAUAUCCCCUAAAGUCAGACCCAGUUCACUGAAGGUUUUUUUUUUGUUGUUUUUUUGUUGAAUCACUCCAGAUACUGACCACUUUCUGCUAACCUAAUGGGAUAUUUGAGCUGUAAGGUAGUAUGCCUACGUUGUGCAUGUUCUCUAAACAGUUGUAACACGUCAUUGUAUUUAACUGUUGCACUUGUCAACUUUCAAUAAAGCAUACAUUGUUGGUAAA